AUGGAGAAGUCCGCUGCCUCAACAGAGCCCCAAGGGCCUCGGCCAGUCCUGGGCCGCGAUAGCGUCCAGGUGCCCGACGACCAGGACUUCCGCAGCUUCCGGUCAGAGUGUGAGGCCGAGGAGGGCUGGAAUCUGACCUACAGCAAGGCCGGCGUGUCUGUGUGGGUGCAGGCUGUGGAGAUGGAUCGGACCCUGCACAAGAUCAAGUGCCGGAUGGAAUGCCGAGACGUGCCAGCCGAGACGCUCUAUGACGUGCUCCACGACAUUGAGUAUCGAAAGAAGUGGGACAGCAACGUCAUUGAGACCUUCGACAUCGCCCGCCUGACAGUCAAUGCUGACGUGGGCUAUUACUCUUGGAGGUGUCCAAAGCCCCUGAAGAACCGUGAUGUCAUCACCCUCCGCUCCUGGCUCCCCAUGGGCACUGACUACAUCAUUAUGAACUACUCAGUCAAACACCCCAAAUACCCGCCUCGGAAAGACUUGGUCCGAGCUGUGUCCAUCCAGACGGGCUACCUCAUCCAGAGCACGGGGCCCAAGAGCUGCGUCAUCACCUACCUGGCCCAGGUGGACCCCAAAGGCUCCUUACCCAAGUGGGUAGUGAAUAAAUCUUCUCAGUUCCUGGCUCCCAAGGCCAUGAAGAAGAUGUACAAGGCAUGCGUCAAGUACCCGGAGUGGAAGCAGAAGCAUCAGCCGCACUUCAAGCCGUGGCUACACCCAGAGCAGAGCCCGUUGCCGAGCCUGGCGCUGUCGGAGCUCUCCGUGCAGCACGCGGACUCGCUGGAGAACAUCGAUGAGAGCGCUGUGACAGAGAGCCGGGAGGAGCGCUUGGGGGGCGCAGGCGGCGAGGGCAGCGAUGACGACACCUCGCUUACCUGAGCGCGGCACCACCGCAGGGACCAAGACAAGAUGGAGUGGGGCCGGGGUGGCGGAUCCUCCCGCGCUUUCUCCCCUCCCCCACCCCCGCGCCUCUUAGGGACGCUGGGCUCCGGCCCAGGCUGGCGCUGUGGCCUGGCUGGACACAGCCCCAAUAAAUGAUCCCACAGCCUCA